ACGCGUAAAUGGCGGUCAUCGAUCGUGUUGGGGCAUGCGUGGUGUUCUUUUACAUAAGGUAUUUUCCCAAUUCUCGAUGAGGUUAUAUUGUUUUCUAAUCUGCUUUUAACAUUAUUCAGUGAUCCUACUCAAUUCAUUUCAAUCUAUUUUACGCAAUUCAAUUUCGAUUGUGAAAACUAAUGUCACGCCUCUCAAGAAUUUCAAUCUUCGAUGACCGCUACUAUGUGACUACAACCACAGAAAAUCAUUCGCCAGAUCAGUCUUGGAGCUCCACCGAAAAAUUUCGCGUCAGGCAUUUGAUGUCUUCGUUAUCCUCAAUGUUUUUGUUACGUUUUUAUCGUGUUUCAUCAUGGCUAUUAAAUAUCACGGCCUACUAAAGUACUACAAAACUUCUCAUUGAUCCUAAAUGUGUUGACCUGAUUCAAGACCAAAGCCACAAUCUGGCAUGUUUUAUAUUUGAAUUUUUUUGCGCGCUGGGCCACGAAACAAUCGGCGGUAGAAUCUACCCUCCGGAUUUUAACCAAGUAUGUAUUUUACAAGUAGCCACACCGACUUAUCCCUCUUUUCAUCCAGCAUGUACUUUCAAAAUGUGUUACUCAUCUGCUGAUAUUGAUUGAGAUCAGCAAGAAAGUGAACACCGCUAUCAUCCAGAUAAAAUGGGAAAUCUUCAAGGAUCCGAUCAACGUAAUAAGACUUCAAAUUUCUUAAAAGUGAGGAAAUCACCUGCUCGGGAGAAGAACAAAAGUAAGAAGGGACAUAAAUUCAAAUCCUCCAGCUCAAGCCAAGGCCCAAGUAAUGAAGUUGGCAGCAUUGAUGUUAAUGACCAGUCAAAAUCAGCUGACUCCAAGGUCACAUGUGACACCAUUGUUGUUGAUCGCGAAAAUGUAAACACUAAUCUUGACGUUGAAAGUUUGUGCAAUCAAGAUGAUAAAAGUGGCUUUACAGCACCAGUGAAUACUUUAAAUCCAGAAUCAAGCUCAGAUGACUCAGUUUUUAUCAGUCCUCAAUUGCAGUCGCCUUUAUACAGCAUUGAAAGCAACUACCUAGAUGCGAAAGAUGUUUCGAACAGCUUAGAAUUGCUUCACAGUAAUAAGAAUUUAUUGGCCGAUACUUCUCCUACUUCUGUUGAUGGUGAUCCGCCAAGUUCAAAUGAAAGUACUGCCAUGGAUAGAAAAAAAUCUCCCAACUUAAAUAAGGCAGAGGGAGGACAGUCCAAUUCUAGUAAAGAUAAAAUGAGAGCCCUUGAUAUCCUCGAUUUUAACAGUAAUGCCGACAGUGCCAAUAGUCCUCAAAAAACUACCUUUGUGUCAAAGAUACCAUCACCAAGCUCUUUUACGCUUCAUAAACACAGGAGAGUUGAGUUGACUCCAACCAAAUUAAAGGACCAUGUGUUAAGUACAUCAGGAGGUCACUCAGCAUCCAUAGGGGGUGGAGAUCUGCGAAGACAUUCAUCCAUCAAUGAUGUACCUCUUGACAGCAAUGUCUUGCGGAAAGUUGCAAGUCUCACUUUGGACAAAACAUCCUUGGAACAGAGAAUCUCCAAACCUAAAUUCAUUCCUGAAAAACUGGGCUUUCAAGCAUAUGAAAAGUUUGAAGGUCAAAUGCUCAUUAAUUGGUUUGUGUCUGCAUUUACGGAAGAGAACAAUCUGCGGCUGAAUCUGAAACCGCAAGAAAUUCGAACGAUAAUUGCUCAAUUUUGUACUCAUUUAUUAGCAGCUGGUGUGCUACAGCAGAUUCCGGACAAAGAUGCACCUCUGUGUGAUGUUUUUCGGCCAAAUCUCAUGUACUAUUGGUCUCACGCCGAAGCACCAAGUAUAUCUACCCCUACUCCUGGUAGAUUACCAUCAGUCUCUUGGCCACCUGCCGCCAACACUUCUAGUGAUAAUAAUGGGAACCACCUGGAAAGCAACGGUAAAAACAGUAUGGAUCGUAUCUUUGACAGUAGCCAAAUGAUCACACAACUCAGUCAAGAACUUGAAGAGCAAAAAAGACGAACAGCUGAACUUGAGGAUCUUAAGGAUCAACUUAAAAAACAAAUUGAAGAACUCACAGCGAAGCUAUCAUCUAAUCAAACAGAUGAACAAAAAAGAUUGCUGGUCUCCAACUAUGAGAAUGCGUCGCGUCAAGUAACCAUCACCGAUAAGAAUUCUGCCGUUGCCCCGUCUCAACGACCUGUAGGAUCUACCGCUGAACCACCCGUGGAAGUCAGUGAAAGAUCCCCAACCAGCCCGCAGUCUCAGCCCAGUGUCUCAUCGAAUGUUGAUCUGUCACAUGAGGAGCCAAGAAGAGAUUCAACAUCUCCUCCUCAACCUCCUCCUUCUACUGCUCUUACCUCAAGUGUUCCUUCUCCAAAUGUCUCUACCUCUCCUGAGAAAAAAGGUUCUAUAACUCCACCUGUGAGCGCUCCUCCUCUGGCAACCCCCUCUCCUGCUUGUGAUACAGUUGCUUCUCCCGGACCUCCACCACCACCACCACCACCACCAAUGCCCGGAAUUCUUGCACCAUGUCCGCCUCCGCCACCUCCAAUGCCUGGCUUGGAUGGACCUCCUCCAAUGCCUGGCCUAGAUGGUCCACCUCCACCUCCUCCAAUGCCAGGCAUGGGUGGACCUCCACCUCCUCCAAUGCCAGGCAUGGGUGGACCUCCACCUCCUCCAAUGCCAGGCAUGGGUGGGCCUCCACCACCUCCUCCAAUGCCUGGUAUGGGUGGACCUCCUCCACCUCCCCCUCCCCCUGGGAUGGGCGGACCUCCUCCUCCACCUCCUCCUCCCGGAAUGAACUGUCCCGUGCCCCCUCCACCACCUGGUAUGUGCACUCCGUUAUCAUCUAGAGCCAACCCUGCAGGUCUGAAUUCAAAUGGGAUGAGUCCAUCUAAUGCAAUGACGCCAAACAAUCUCUUCUCUUCGCCAGCCCCAUUUCCCACCCCACCCGUGGGCGGAUGGAGUGCCCAAAGAGCAGAUACGGAUAACACUGUCGUUAACUUAAGCAAUGGCUAUGGGAAUAACUUCUGUUUGCGAAAGAAACCCGUUCUACCUCCAUCACCUAUGAAGCCUCUCUACUGGACCCGUGUCAUAAUUCCAGAAACUCAGGAACAGACUGCCUCAGACUCAACACUAUGGAUUAAACUUGAAGAAGCCCAAAUCCCAGACGUGAAUGAAUUUGCUGAAUUGUUCUGUAGACAAGUUAUGAAUCGUACACCAGCUCGAAAAAAAGUGGAAAAACCAUCGAAAAAAGAAGCAGUCAAAAUAUUAGACAGCAAGAGGUCACAAAAUGUCGGGAUUCUUUCGCGGAGUCUACAUGUUGAUUUUACAGAUGUGGAAGAUGCUAUUUACAAUUUUGACACUACAAAAAUUAGUUUAGAAGCAUUGCAACAGAUAUACGAAAUUAGAGCAACAAAAGAAGAGCUAGAGGCAAUGAAAGCUCAUCAAGAAGCAAAUCCAGAAAUACCUUUGGACAAACCUGAACAGUUCCUUUUAGAAUUAAGUGAAAUCCCUCAUUUCAGUGAGAGAAUUGCGUGUUUUACAUUCCAAGCUCAUUUCUCGGAUUUAGUAUCAGUAAUAGGAAACAAAUUACAUAACCUAGAAUCAAUGUGUCAGUUACUGAUGUCCUCUCAAAGCGUCAAAAAAGUACUGGCACUCAUAUUAGCUCUAGGGAAUUUUAUGAACGGUGGCAAUAUUCAGCGAGGUCAAGCAGAUGGCUUUGGUUUAGAAAUUCUUCCAAAAAUAAAAGAUGUCAAGAGUAAAGAUAACUCGACAACUCUUCUUCACUUCCUGGUUAGAGCUUACAUGAAACAGUGCUCUGAUCCUAUGGAUGAGCCACUCCCUGUUCCUGAACCCAGUGAUCUUGAUAAAGCCUCCAAUGCUCGCUUUGAUGACAUCACAUCACAGCUCCAAAAUUUAGCGAAGGAUUUAGAAGUGCAUGAAAAAAAAAUGGAAAAAGUCAUAACAGAAUCAACGGAGGAAAAUGUGGAGCCUUUCAAAACGAAAAUGGAGGCAUUCGUCGUCCACGCCAAAAAAUGCCUGAGCGAAGAACAAGAAAAUUUAGAAGACUGCAAGAAAAAAUUUCUGGCAACCAUCAACUCUUACUGCUUCAAACCAAAAAGUGGCUCUCAGGAGUCAGACAUUAGUCCCAAAGAUUUUUUUCAACUAUGGGUAUCCUUUUGUUCAGACUUUAAGGAUAUUUGGAAAGUAGAACAACAAAAAAUGAUUAAAGAAAAGUGGAAACAGCUGGAGAGAAAGAAAGAAGAACAACGCAGCCAAGUUGGCAAGCAAAAAAUACAAGAGGGAAGCCUAACUGCCAGACUCAGAGCCCUCACACGGAACAAAUAGAAGUAUAGAUUCGCAGAUUGAAAAAAUAAUUAUUUUGGGAAAUCAUUUUAAUUUCCUAGUCCUGCAACCG